AUGACAGCUUCCGGAGCUCACUUCAUCCGCCGCGGCGGCGAACGCAUAUGGGCCGAUGGGCUGCUCGGCUUCCUCGGCCGAAGACCAGCCGCGACGACGAACAACGAUAUCGCAUCCAGGAUCAGGAGUAGUCGGCGACAUGCCUCGACGCAAGGGAAGCGGCCGCGGACGGCUCUCUUCUUUCCAGGCCAAGGAGUACAGAAGGUCGGCAUGAUGACGCCCUGGCUCGAAGCCUUCCCCGCCACCGCGAAACCGAUUCUCGAGGAGAUUGACCACUACAUGGGCUACAAGCUCUCCGACAUCAUCGCACACGGGCCGGGGAAACUGCUCACCCGGACACCAAACGCCCAGCCGGCCAUUAUGGCGACGUCGAUCCUCAUCCUGCGCAUCCUCGAGCGCGAGUUCGGCUUCGACGUGCCGCAGCGUGUAGACGUCACCCUGGGCCACUCCCUGGGCGAGUUCGCAGCGCUGGUGGCGGGCGGGUACAUCGAGUUCGAAGACAGUCUAUAUCUCGUGCGCAAGCGUGCCGAGGCCAUGUCAGAAGCGACGAGGCGCGCCAUGGAUGAGUAUGGCGGGGAGUACGGCAUGGUCGCCAUUGUCACAGAGCCUGAAUACCUCGGUCCCCUGAUCAAUGCGAUUCACGACUUCGUGGGCCACUCGAGCGCAGGGUCCAAAGGGGACAGCUCCGAGGACGUGCCGCCCAUUGAGCAGGUGCUCAUCGCGAACAUCAACAGCAAGAACCAGAUCGUGCUGAGCGGGAGCAUCGAGAAGAUCAAGACGCUCGCGACCCAUGUGCGGCAGUUCCUGGGCCACGACCCGCGGGCGGUGCGGUUAAAUAGCGACAGCCCUUUCCACAGCCCAAUUAUGAAGCCCGCGGUGUCGGUGGUUAAGAGUAUGCUGUCGAAGAAGAGUAGGGUGAAGGGGCGCGAGGGGGAGGAUAUUAUCACGUUCCCGGGGAGGUUGCCAUGUAUAAGCAACGUCAGCGCGAGACCGUUUGAAAGUAAAGAGGAUGUGAAGGAUCUGCUAGCGAGGCAGUGUCUGGAGACGGUGAGGUGGUGGGACAGCAUCAAGUACCUCGACCAGGAGGAGAAGGUGAGGCGGUGGAUUGGUAUUGGGCCUGGCAAGGUUGGACGCAACCUCGUGGGAAAAGAGGUCGGUAUGAGGGGGAAGGACUCAGUCAAGGGCGGUGGUGUCUGGGCUAUCACUGACCCGAGCGAGAUCGAGGAGGUUUUAAGGGGCUUAGAGGACACGGAGAAGGUGUCUGAGGAGGAGAUUGACUGA